CAACAAUCACCUUAAUUUGCGCCACCAAAAAAUCUCCUUUCUCUUUAAAACCAAAAUUCUCUCUCAAAUUUCAUUGCGUUUGGUUUGUUACGCCGUGUGGUGUACGUGAUAGAAAUUCUCCCUGUGGUUGUUGUGUAUGGCAGUAAGAUUAUCAGGGCAUGAAGUUUCCGAUCUAUGCCUCGGCAAACCACCACUCAGGUCAAUUUCUGUCACCCACACCAUAGCCGAUGCUCUUAACGCCAUUCAUAAAUUUCGCCAUUCUUCUUUAAGCGUUUGGAAUUGUCACCAUUCCAUUUAUAGCAAUAACAAUAACGAAGAGGAUUUUGAUCAAUUUCAUUGCAAAUGUAUUGGAAGAAUCUGCAUGGUUGAUAUUAUUUGUUUUCUUUGUAAACCGGAGAAUCUCUCAUCUCCUGCCGAUGCAUUUCGUUCUCAGAUUUCAAUUCUUCUAGCCGAAGAUAAAUCAUCUCUCGUUCGCCAUCUUCAACCUAAUGCUAGUUUAUUGGAGGCAAUAGAUGCAAUGUCUAAAGGGGUACAAAAUGUGGUGAUACCAAUACCAAACGAGAAGAGAUGGAAGAAGAAGGAAUGUGAAACUUUGGACUCUGGCAUUUUCCACAAUGACAAGCUUGCAUAUUGUUGGCUUACUCAAGAGGAUGUAAUGCGCUACCUUCUCAACUCAAUUGCUGUGUUUUCCUCCAUAGCUGCAGAAGCCAUCGAUAAGCUUGGCAUUAUAGACACACAAAACCUCUUUUUUCUUUACUAUGAUGACCCUGCAUCCUCUGCUUUGGAGCUUCUCACAGCUUCCAUUGUUCAUCAAUCCUCCGUUGCAGUGGUUGACCCGCAGGGCAAGUUCGUUGGAGAAAUCUCGCCCUUUAUGUUGAACUCUUGUGAUGAAGCUGUUGCCCCUGCAAUUGCAACUCUCUCAGCUGGCGAUCUCUUGGCUUACAUUGACUGCGGUGGUCCACCUGAGGAUUUGGUUCAGCUGGUAAAGGAGAGGUUGCGCGAGCAAAAUCUUGAUGCGGCUUUGGAGUUACUUGGGGAGGAAGCAAGUCUACCUUCUUGGUCUUCGUUUUCUUCGACUUCAUCAGAGGAAGAUGUUUGCUUGUCCGGGAAGAAUCGGAAGCAUGGAGGAUACUCUUCAAGGGUGGUAAGGAGAUCAGAAGCUAUUGUUUGUUACCCUUGGAGUUCUUUGGUUGCUGUUAUGAUUCAAGCACUUUCCCACCGUGUGAGUUAUGUGUGGGUUGUAAAGGAAGAUGGAACCUUAACUGGGAUUGUUACUUUCCAAAGCAUGCUGAAAAUUUUCAGAGAACGUUUGAAAUUAAUGUCCUAACACUCUCACACACUGGUUCGCUAUGCUCCGUUUAUCGAUGUAUGUUGCUUAAGUGUGAGUUAGAGUGUACAACAACACUCACUAUGUUAUCGUCAUUAACUAGAUAGCAAUUCCUAGAAUACAAUCUUUUCCAUUUUUGUUGAAGAAUCAAAUGUGAGGUAGGUAAAAGAUGUAUUUUGCCUACAUAAUCAGAUUUGUUUUUUUUUCUUAAAUGGAUAAAGAAAUUAGUCUUUCUAAUUACGUGCAACAUUGUGUGCAUUAUAAAUGUGACUUUUUGUUUUUAUGCUAUGAAAGAGGGACAAUAUGGAUGAUUAUAAUGUGAACAAAGUUGAACUAGUUACUUUAAAGAUACAAUUUGCGCUUAAAACUUUCUUCUUUACAUGAAUUCAAGGAACAAUUUUAAAUAAA